AUGUGGUCACGCUGGCAUGAUGUGACCAGCAAGGCUCAUGUAUUUGAAAGUUUUUUCACCAAUCUUUUUGACAUGUCUAAUCCCUCAAUCCCAAAUAACAUGGGAAACUUGAUAAGCCCAAGCUUGUCUGAAGAGGAUAUAAAGAUGCUAUCAAAAAUUCCUACAUCAGAGGAGAUUAAAGGUGUUGUAUUCAACAUGGAAUCAAAUAAGGCUCCAGGUCCUGAUGGAAUAUCUGCCCAUUUCUUCAAGUUUUAUUGGAAUAUAAUAGGAGGUGAAGUCAUUGAAGCUAUUACCACCUUUUUUCAAAGGGCUUUCAUUCCAGGGAGGAAAAUUCAAGAGAACACCUUUUUGGCUCAAGAAAUUAUCCAUGACAUGAAGAAGAAAAGAGGGAAAAAAGCUGAAGUUCUUGCUAGACUCAUAGAAUUAGCCCCUGACUUGAUGCCAAUCACCCACCUUCAAUUUGUAGAUGAUUUGUUCAUCUUUGCUCAAUCCAAUGAGGAGAACAUGGGGAGUAUCAAAGCAUGUUUAAACACUUUCUCUGAUUGGUCUGGCCAAAAGGUGAAUUUCUUGAAAUCAGUGAUAAUUUUCAACAAAAAUGUGAACCAAGGAGUAAGAUCUCAAUUGGCAAACUCUAUUGGAAUUCAAAGGUCCAAUAGAAAAGAAAAAUAUUUGGGCAUUCCUAUGGCUUCAAGUAGAGACAAGAAAGCUACUACUGAGGAGAUUAUUGAAAAAGUGAGGCAAAGGUUGCAGGGUUGGAAGAUGAAAACUCUAUCUCAAGCAAGUAGAACUACUCUAAUUUCUUCUAUGGCUUCCUCUAUUCCAUCCUAUCAAGCUUCAUCUCUACUCCUACCAAAACAAGUUUGUAAUAAAUUGGACACCAUGAAUAGAAAUUUCUGGUGGGGUUCUAAAGAGAAAAACAAAAGGGGUUGCUGCCUCAAGAGCUGGGAUUUGAUAUGUACCCCAAAAAGUGUUGGUGGGCUAGGUAUUAAGAAAACAGAAGACAUGAACAAAGCCUUGGUGGCUAAAAUGGCUUGGGAGAUUGCAAGCAAUGUUGAUAAGAUGUGGGUCAAAGUGUUCAAAAAGAAAUAUGUGAGAAGCAAAAAGUUUAUGAGAAUAUCUGUGCCAAAAGCAGCAUCAUGGUCUUGUCAAAGUAUAUUUGGUGGUAGAGAAGUGAUAAAAAAAGGAUUAUGCCACAGGAUAGGCAAUGGAUUGAACACUUGGAUAUGGGAAGACCCAUGGAUUCCAAAUGAGCCUAAUCUAAUCCCUCAAGUUAGAAGUGGAGCUACCUGUGAAGAACAUUUAGUGGCUAACUUGAUUGAUCAGGACUCAAGACAAUGGGAUAGAGGUUUACUUUUAGAUCUUUUUGAGCCAACUACAAACUCCCACUUCAACCUCUCACCCCGUGAUGCAAAGCAAGGAUUGGAAGGAGUUAUGGAAGAUGAAAAUACAUGCUGGGCUCAAAAACCUGUUGUGGAAAUUGGCUUGGGAAAUCUCCCUUCAACUUUUAUUCUAAAUAGAAGGUUUACCCUCCCAUCAAAUGAGUGCCACUUAUGCAGCAAGGCUCUAGAAACUUUGGAGCAUUUAUUUUUGCAAUGUGACUGGGCAGCUCAAAUGAGUAGAAACAAAGCUCAAGUGGAAGGAAUCAAAAUAACUCCGGUUGAACUUGCAAGGCAAGUGAAUAAAUACUUUGAGGAACACAAGCAAGCUUGGAAGAUUCAAAGUAAAAAUUCCUCCAAGGACAAGAUAUGGAUCCUACCUCCACCAAGUUGGAUAAAAUUGAAUUUUGAUGCUGCAAUAAGAGAAGGAAAAACAUUUGUGGCAGUAGUAGGAAGAGACCAGGAAGGUAAACUUGUAGCUGCUUGGGUAGAGCAGCUGAGCCCAGGUAGCCCUUUAUUUGGUGAGGCAAAUGCAGCCUUGUUGGCCAUUCAAAGAGCAGCAGAUGUAGGUUUUAAGAAUGUUGUGAUUAAAGGAGAUGCAUGGAAUGUUAUUGAGCCCUUGAGAAAUCAAGAGUCAACGCCUCAUUAG